AUCUCAACAAGACAAACAGUACCUUAACAAUCUGGCAGUUCCAGCGCCUGCUAAAAAACCCUUCCAUCGCCAAAAUUACAGGAGCAGGAAUUGAAAAUCGAAUCAUGUACAUGUCUGAGAAGCCCCACCGGCAAGAGACGCAACCCGCCAUUGAUUUCUACAGCAGCAAGCGGGACGCUCCGCCUCCUAACAACAACGUUAUCGUCCAGCUCCCCCUCCAGUCGCACCACCACGUGCCCGACGGUGGAGGCGGCGCGAGCAGCGGAGACGAUCCUACUCCUACGGCGGCGGCCUUCGUUUCGUCCAAUCCGCCGUCGUCUGGUCCUAAAAAGAGGGCGGAGACUUGGACACACGAGGAAAUUAGGUCCCUGAUAUCGUUUCGAAAAGAAAUUGACCUGUUGUUCAACACUUCGAAGUCGAAUAAGCAUUUGUGGGACAAUAUUUCGCUGAAAAUGAGGGAAAAGGGUUUCGAUAGGUCGCCGACUAUGUGCACAGACAAGUGGAGGAAUUUGUUGAAGGAGUACAAGAAGGCCAAGCAUAAUAGUCCAGAUGGGAGUGGGAAUGGAUCUGCUAAGAUGAAUUACUACAAGGACAUUGAGGAGAUUUUGAGAGAGCGGAAUCCGAAAGUGGACUCGUUUAUGCACUUUGCUGAUAAAGGUAUUGAUGACACCAGUCUAACUUUCGGCCCAGAGGAAGCUCAUGAAAGAUCAGCAUUGAACUUAGAAAGACGUUUGGAUCAUGAAGGGCAUCCUCUUGCCCUAACUGCUGCUGAUGCUGUUGGAGCUAGUGGAGCUUCACCAUGGAAUUGGAGGGAGGCUCCCGAGAACGGCGAACACAGCAACACAUGCUACGGAAGGGUAAUAACCGUGAAAUUUGGGGAUUAUACAAAGAGAAUCGGAAUAGAUGGCACUACAGAUGCCAUCAAGGAAGUCAUCAAAUCUGCAUUUGGACUUAGGACAAGGCGCGCCUUUUGGCUGGAAGAUGAAAACAACAUUGUUCGAUCACUUGACAGAGACAUGCCUUUGGGAAACUACAAUCUUCGCGUGGAUGAAGGCGUAAUGAUAAAAAUUUGCUUCUACGAGGAAUCUGAGCACUUGCCUGUUCACACUGAGGACAAAACCUUUUACAGUGACGAAGAUUUUCAUGAAUUCCUAUUGAGGCGCCGAUGGACUUGUCUGCGGGAGUACAAUGGCUUCCGGAAUGUCGAUGCCCUGGAUGAGCUUUGCCCCGGAGUUAUUUAUCGCGGCGUCAGCGAGGACAGACUCUAGACCUCAAAACUCUAAAAAUAUUGCAGACUGUAUGAAGAAGCUGUCUUUUUUUUUUUUUUUAAAUCAAGUUUGUUUUAGUUUAUCGGAGUAUGAAGAGGAAGAAGCUGUGUUGUUUUUAUGUAGAAUGAGAAGUUCAGCAGCUUGACUGAAAACAUGAAUUAAACCAUACUCUUUUCUACAUUGUUGAUUUUAACAAUUAGGCGCAUUUGGU